AUGGAGAAACUCACUGCCGAGGAUCAGAUGCGUGAAAUCGACGAGGCAACCAGCCCAACCCGGUCUCAAGAGACUCCUGAUCCCGAAUUGAAGAAUGCCGACCCGACAGACCCGAAGAAUCCACGGAACUGGAGCUCAACGCGGAAGACACUGUUAUUCGUGUCCCUCAUGGGCAGCUCCCUGCUGGCAGAUGGAGCAAUGGUUUGGGGUGGGACCUUGGUCACUCCACAAGCCUUGGAUUGGGGUAUCACGGUGAAUCACUCUGCCACGAGUAUGAAUUAUGGCAUUCUGCUACAAGGAUUUGGUGGCAUGUUUGCGGUGCCGUUGAUUGAGGCUUAUGGCCGAUUCCCCAUCUGGAUCUGGCCGCAGGUUCUCACCAUGUUUAUGGUGCUCGGUGCCACGCUGUCUCACAACUAUUCGACUUUCACGGCCUUUCGCUCACUGCAGGGCCUGUUUGGCACGGUACCUCAGGUCAUUGGCCUGCCCAUCAUCCAUGACAUGUAUAACCCGGAAGAAUGGCCUCGCAUGAUCAACAUCUGGGGCACCACCUUCAUGGUCGGUCCUUUCUUAGGCCCGGCCAUUGCAGGCUACAUCGGUGCCGGCACCAACUGGCGGGACUCCUUCGGCGUGCUCACGGCGAUCUAUGGCCUAUCCACCUUCAUGGUGCUGCUUUUCGGGGCCGAGACCUACUAUGCUCCCAAUAAGGCUCCGACUUCGCGCCUGGGAUCGUACUUUGGCGUUGGCAACACAAAACUGCCCAAGCUAUCCACGCUCGGGUACUGGUGCAAGAUCAUGAUUGUCUAUGUGUUCAAGUUUCCGUUGCUUAUGACCGGAAUCGCCAUUCUCGUCACCUUCACUUGGCCGAUUGGCAUCACUACCACUAUCGACUCGUUCCUGCAUAGCCCGCCUUACAACUUCGACACUAUCCAGGCAUCGUCCAUGCGUUUUGCCGGCGUCAUCGGUGCGCUCUGCGGCUGGCUUGUCGGCUAUUUCUUCAAUAAAUGGAUCUACCGCCGCCACCACCACAACUGGUGGACGGAAUACCGACUACACGGAGUCUGGUUCCCGAUCAGCAGCAUGGUCUGCGGUCUGUUGACCUAUGGCCUGACGAUGAACUUUGCCAAGCACUGGAUCGGUAUUGCAUUUGGCUGGAUCAUGGUGAAUAUCGGCAUGGUGGGGACCAUUGUCGCCAUCACGGCUUACGCCCUGGAGAAGUACCCGGAGCAGUCGACAGUAGUUUCUGCGAUUUUGAACAUGUGGCGUACCUGCGGUGGCUUCGCUGUCGGCUACUUCCAGCCGGCCUGGAUUACGCGCAACGGUUUAGGUCUGGUGUUUGGUAUUCAGGCCAUCGUCGUCAGUGUCUCGGUCAUUCUGACCAUCGUGCCGGUGUUGCUGCGAGAGCGGCGCAAGCGGACCGUCGGCGCAGCCUGA